ACGCAGCUUUAACUUUUAUGACAUUGCAGGGCUAUGGUACAGUAUAUGAUAUAGUUGCGUGCUAUUAUAAGACAAAUCUAUAAAAGCCGAAUACAGUGUGCACAUGUUUUGGCGAGGCUAUAUUUGACGUGGUUUUCUUCUUUAAUUUAGUCGAAGCAACAUGUUGCAUGAUGUCAGUUGUUAAAAAAAAAAUACAUUGUAUAUACAGACCGUACUGUCCAGAAUAAUACAAUGGGCGUCUCUGCGACUGAGCUAGUGUUACGGACUGCGGUUCAGCUAGUUCUAAAUAACAAGUGAGAUGUCUGCGGCCCAGUUUGAGUCCCUGGAGAGCAUUCUGGAAAAACAUAUCCCGCCUGAGGAGCUUAAAGAAGUCAGACGAAGGCUGUUUGGCAAAGAGUUGAAGAAACUUGAGUUUCCUUCUGAUGCCAUUGAAGCUGCCAAAGAACGGGACUUUGAGCUCCAGGGAUAUGUGCUGGAAGCUGCCCUGGAGCAGUUAAGGAAACCCUUCAUCGUCCGCGUGGGCCUUGUUCAAAAUAAAAUUGUUCACCCCACGGAUGCUCCAGUUAUAGACCAGAUUACUGCCCUGCACAGGCGGAUCGGUGAGAUUGUCGAGGUGGCAUCCAUGUGUGGGGUCAAUAUUGUCUGCUUUCAGGAAGCCUGGACGAUGCCCUUCGCCUUCUGCACACGAGAGAAGGCACCCUGGACAGAAUUCGCUGAGUCUGCAGAAGAGGGACACACUACCCGCUUCUGCCAGGAGCUGGCUAAGAAGUACAACAUGGUAGUGGUGUCCCCCAUUCUGGAGCGAGAUGAUAUUCACGGGGGGACCCUAUGGAAUACGGCAGUGGUGGUAUCCAACUCUGGGAAUGUGCUUGGGAAGUCCCGCAAGAACCAUAUUCCCAGGGUGGGGGAUUUCAAUGAGUCCACAUAUUACAUGGAGGGGAACACUGGGCACCGCGUGUUCCAGACCCAGUAUGGGAGAAUUGCUGUGAACAUCUGCUAUGGGAGACACCACCCUCUCAACUGGUUCAUGUACAGCAUGAAUGGGGCGGAAAUCAUCUUCAACCCCUCAGCCACUGUUGGAGAGCUCAGCGAGCCCAUGUGGCCUAUUGAAGCCCGGAACGCAGCCAUUGCCAACCACUGCUUCACCUGCGCCAUCAACCGAGUGGGAACGGAGCAUUUUAAGAAUGAGUUUACAUCCGGAGAUGGAAAGAAAGCUCACUCCGAUUUCGGCUACUUCUAUGGCUCCAGCUACGUGGCAGCCCCUGAUGGCAGCUGCACCCCGGGCCUGUCUCGCACCCAGGACGGCCUGCUGGUCGCUGAGCUGGAUCUCAACCUCAACAGGCAGAUCAGCGAUAAGUGGAGCUUCAAGAUGACGGGGAGGUACGACAUGUAUGCAGAGCUGCUGCACAAGGCCGUUCAGCCGGACUUCAAGCCCGACAUCGUCAAGGAGUCAUGACUCCCAGUGCCCACGGCCUUCCUGGAACGAUGGAGCAGAAGAGACGGCAAGCACACAACCUGUUCAUUCACACUGCUCUUGUGAACGCCCAGCAAUGUCAGGCUUCCUCUUCUCAACCCUGUUCAAUAGCACGUUUCCCAGUCUUGGAACCUAAAGCAAUGAGAAGCCAGGCUUCAGUUUAGGAAAGCCAUAAUCCUGCGCCUUUAAUAGGCAUUUUUGUUAAAAAAUGCCUUGUUAAGCUCUGGAAGAAACAUCUAUUGAACUGAGAAAUAAUUCAAAGUUAUACUGGCAGGAGAUGAAGAUACAAAUAACAUUACAAUAUUGCAGCAAAAGGCAGCAUUGUAGCGUUUAAAAAAAACAGAAUCAGGAGCAGAGGCACUGAAAAAUAAACUAUUCCAACAGCAGAA